AUGAUUGAAAAAAAGGUUUAUAACUAAAAUUUUUGCUAAUCUCCAUACAAUACCACGGAUAGAAUUUAAUUCUAUAAUUAGUAUAAUCAAUACAAAUAUUUAGAAAAAAGAAGUAAUAUAAUAUAAAGUAAAAAACAAACUCAGCUGUUGAUGACGUAUAAAAUAAUUAGUCUAAUUCGAAUCAUAAUGAUGAUGAUCACCAGAAACAGAUGAAAUUUGAAAUAGAAAAUUAAAAAGUAAAUAAGUAGAAUUAUUUUAUAGAAAUAUCCAAAAAUUUAGGAAAUCAAAACCUUUACAGAAAAUUUAGUAUAAAAAAAAGUAAUCGAUUAAGAUGUAUAUUUAAAUGCUCUAAAUAUGAAUAUUAAAAGAUAAUCGUUGAUCUAAAUUUAAGAAGUUUCUAAAUUAUUGACAGAAAGUAAAGUAUAGAAUGGUUCUAAUAAAACACAUCGAAUCAGAAAGUUAAAUGUAUGUUUUUCUUGAAGUAAUAUAGAAUUUACCUGUUCAGAAUUAGGAAUUACAGUCUAGAGAUGAAGAAGAAAAAAAUGAUUCAAGCAUUAAUUAAAAUUAAUAAAUAAAUAAUUAUUCUAUGCAAGCACUAGGAUUACAAAUACCAUAAAAAGCAGAAGAACUCUAAAAAUUAAAAACUAAUAUUGCUGAAUUACAAAAACAAAAAUAAUAAAUUUAAAAAUUUCUCAGAGUGGCUGAUUCAAAAUUAGAAUAAAAUCCAUUACUUUUUAAAAAAUAUCUAUAUAGAAAUAAUAGUUUUGAUGCUAGAAUUCAAUAAUAGGUAAACUAAGAAAAUAAUCAAAAACCUUAAGCAAUAGAAUAAAAUUUAAUUGUUAAGAUUAAUAAAAUAAAUUAAAUCCAUUAAGAAGUUCACAGGUUAAGUGCAUUAAAUAAAACUCUUUUAGAAGACAAUCAUAUUUUAAAAAAUCAAAUUGAUAAAAAUGAAUAACAAAUACUUAAUUUUGAGAAACAUGCCAUAGAAAAUGAAAAUUGUAUUUAAUAAUUAUAAAAUGAUUUAUAAAAUCUAUAAUUUGUUUAGUAAAAGGAAAAUAUUGAAAAGGUAAAUUAAGAAUUGUUGAAUAAAGAUAAAGAAAUAGAGUAAUUAAGAUUUUAGAUUAAUUAAGAAAUAGAACAAAAAAAUAAUAAUUAAUAGAUUUAUAAUUAAGAAAUAGAAUAACUUAAUGCCAUUUUAAAUGAAAAAAAAUAAGAUAAUGAUUAACUUAAUAAUAACUUAAGACAUUUAAAUACAUAAAUAUAGGAACUAAAAUAAUAGAAUGAGGAUUAUAAUAACAAAAAUUUAGAAUAUAAUCAGAUUAUUAACAAUCUUAAAUUAGAAAUAAAUAAUAUUUAAGCUAAUUUAGAUAUAAAAGAUUAAAAUAUAUACUAAUUAACUUAAAAUAUUGAAUAAUUAAAUUUAGAGAUAUAAUAAUUAAAUAAGGAUAAAGAAUCAUUAAUUUAAGAUAAAGAGUAAUUAAAUGAAAACAUAUAAUCAUUAAAUCAAAAUAUAAAUUAAUUAAAUUAGGAUAAAGAAUAAUUAAAUAAGGAUAAAGAAUUAUUAAAUGAAAACAUAUAAUCAUUAAAUAAAAAGAUAUAAUAAUUAAAUAAGGAUAAAGAAUAAUUAAAUGAAAACAUAUAAAAAUUGAUUUAACAUUAAGAAUAAUUAAAUUAAGAAAUUAUCUAAAAAGAUGAUAACAUAUAAGAUUUGAAAAUCGAAUUACAGAUCUAUGAAUAUAGUAGUAAAAAGAUAUUCAUAAAUGUUGCCAAUUAAAAUUAAAAAUUCGAAUUUUAACUAAAGGAUAGUAUCAAUGACAUUUAUAUGUUGGCAGCUUAAUAAGGAUUUUAGUAUCACAUUAUUUUAUAUUUUAGAAUAUAAUUAAAUAGAAAUACUACUUUAUUUGUGCCAUCUAAAAAUAAGAGAAUUUUGUAAUCUAAUUGGAAUUAAAAAUUGUAUCAAAUUUUUGUGCCAGAUGAUUACAAUCAACCAAUAACAAUAGAAUUUAGUAAUUGA